AGCUAUUGUCUCUGCCAUUCCUGGGGAUGUUCUAAGACAAAGGAGAGGUGGAUAGGGCUUGGUGUGAAUUGUAGUGAACAGACCUUUGCUUCAAAGCAAGCCGUGAUGAAAGAUCAUGGGAUCUUCUCAUCUGCCCUGCUGGGUAGGACAACACCUUCAACUCCUGCAAAUUCAGAAUACACACACGGGGCUGGAUUUGUCAGUGCCGGAAUACCAGGAAAUCCACGGGAAGAUGAUGUCUGGCCAUGUAGAGUAUCACAUUGUCGUUGUUACCCGACUGGCUGCCUUCAAAUCAGCAAAGCACAAGCCUGAAGAUGUAGUUCAAUUUAUGGUUUCCAAGAAGUACAGCGAGAUAGAGGAGCUCUACCAGAGACUGGCGGCACGAUAUCCACAGGCUUCUCUUCCGCUCUUGCCUAGAAAAGUUCUCUUCGUGGGGGAAUCUGACAUCUGUGAACGAAGAGCUAUGUUCAAUGAUAUAAUGAAAUUCAUCUCAAAAGAUGAGGAUCUAGCAACAAGUCCUGAGUUACUGGAAUUUUUAGGAACAAAAUCUACUAGUGCCAUUGACUUCAAGGGAAAAAACAUUCCUGAUGACAAGGAGAAAGAAGAUGAAGAAAAUGAGGCACUGGAUUUUUUCAAAGAGGAGAAGACACCUGACUUAAUCUCACAGCUGUCAUCAGUGGAAAAUGCCAAAAAAGGGGAGAAAAAAGAAGAGGAGGAGGAGGAAGAAGAGGAAGAAGAUUUAGACCCUCUUGGCAUAAUCAGAACUAAAAAACCAAAGAAGGCAUCUGUUCCUCCAACAAAGCAAGAGAAACCCAGAUUAACCAUUUUUGAAGAGGAAGUAGAUCCAGAUGAAGGACUCUUUGGCCCAGAAAAAGAUUUCUCAUCAGUUGGUCCCAGGAAGAAGAUGAAAGAGAAUCUGAAGUUAUUUGAAGAUCCAGACCUUGGUGGGGUGGUAAGACUGGGUGACUCACUGCUGCUGCCAGCUGCCUGUAAGAACAGGGAGUAUGUGCUGAAUACAGAUCCUGAGGAGGACACUGAAGAACUGCUGAGAGUUGAAGAUGAUUUAGAGCAGCUCUUGAAAGUAACCUCCAAACCGAAACCUAAAGUACCAUCAAAACCACCACUGCCUCAGAAGCCAGCAGUUGCCCCCAGGAGCAGUAAUUCUCCACUGGCAAAGCCAAAGGAAAACAGGAUUCAGACAAUGAAUGAAGUGGACAUUCUCCAGUAUAUCCAGGAAAAUGAAUCUAUCAACAACCAAGAUACAAGUCUUUUUUAAACAUACAUAUUUAGCAAACUCCUGCUGAGCUCAAGUGAUGGUAGCAAGAGUUGACCAGAUGUCUUUACUGUCACAGUGCUCAUUUGUGUACCAUGAUAUAGAGAGCAGCAAGUUUGAAUAGGAGAGGCUCAACAUCAUGUUUUCAAAACAGCAGUUGUGGUAUAAUGUUGCCUUAGAUUUUCAGGAUUUUACAGGGAAUGUGGAUAAGGACCUAGCACUACAGAUUGUCUACUACUGUUUUAGUAUCAACAUAGUACAGUUUCAGCCAGUUAGUCCUGAUUGAAAAUGGUAAGCUUGUUGCACACAUGGCAACUGUGAAUAGUGUCCAACAAAUGGUCUGAGGCAGGACAGGAUGCUGUUCCUGUCAUUUUAGACAGUCUAUUUCAGCCCACUGGAAAGGUCACUUUCCUUUUAUCCUGUGCAUUUUUAUAGCAGCCCUUUCCUCCCUGACUGGUAUUUCAGUAAUUUAUAACCAGGAACUGUUAAGUAUAGGUAACGAUUCCUCUAUAGUUCAGAGAAACACUGAAAUCCCAGCUAAGCCUGACAAUCUGCUGCCUUUGUUGUUGCGCAAAUGCGAACUUGUAAGAGAACUUAUAGGACUGCAAACGCUAGACGCUAUGCAUCUCUGAGCCCUGGGGAGAAUAGGAAAUGACUGAAGAAGGCUAAGAGUUCAGCUCCAGGCAUAUGCAGAGGUUGCAGUGUGUAGGAGGUUUGGAUGCUGUAGGACCCUUGUGAACCCACUCAGGAUUAACAAGGGCUAAUUUUUUCCAGCCAAGUCUCCCUGGGCUUCCACUAGUUAGUGGAGAGAAAGAGAUUUCUCCAGGAGGUGAUUCAGUGCAGGUGUCCUAAUGGAGGAACUCUGAAUUGCUCUCUGGCAUCACUAACUCUCUCUCUCUCCUUCCCUUUUCCCAGAACUUAAAGCAGCAGCCAUGGUGAUUAAUUCCACUAAGCUAAAAUGAGUUUUUUUGAUAAAACAGUGGUCUGUUCAUUACUAUGGCAAUGGUUAAAACAAGGGAGGACAAACUGGGGAUUAUCUAGAGGAAAAAUAAGAUGAAAAUAUUCUGAAGAAAUUUUAAUAGCAGGAAAAGAAAAACAUGGUAGAACAGGCAUCCCAGACUACCCUUUUUCUUCCUUAGCUCAGGCACUCUGGUUAAACAUGCUGAAUUUACAUCUAAUGUGGCUAGAUAACUGCUGUCAUGUAGAAAGAGAUUCCUGAACUCAUUCCACAUGUGUUCUAUCCAGAUGUGAAGACAAGCUCCCCAGAGGGAAAAUAUUAAUAUAUGUAAGCCAUAUCACUAUCCCCAAAUUUGCCUUUCUAAUAUAGAACAAAAUAAAUAGAAAGCAUUUUAUAUAUAUAUAUAUAUAUUUAAUAAUGAAAUUAUCUCUAUUAGUAUUUCCUUUUUAAGCCAAUGGAAAAUAUAAUAAAGAUAUUUUGGUGUGAUGGGACACAUAAAACUUAAGCAUUGGCUCUCAUCUAUGUACAGUAUGUUUCAGUAUAAUAAAACAUUUUGCUAACCUGCA